GGAUAGGGGGUCUAAGCACUUCAUUUCGCUAACGCUGCGGGUACACAUUUGCAUUUGGAUUUGCGAUAAGUUUUCGUUUUCGUUUCGGAGCUGACGAAAGUGCGGGUGCCAGCGGAGUCACACAUUCCAUUCAAAUGCCACAAAUAUAAAUUGUUGGUAAAAUUAAAAGAAAAAUACCAAAAAAAUAAAUAAACGUAAUUGCCACACGAAAACAGGCUAGUUGCAAUGGCCAAAAAGUGCAAUAAAAAUAGCCAACAAUAACAACAAGCAAGCACAAGCCGCAGCAACGGCAGCAAAUGUUGCAAUAUAUUAUACGUACAUAGUAAAUGUAUGUAUGUAAGUGUACUUAAACACCUACAUACAUGCAACUUUGUGAUUAUUUAUUGACAAAGCGGCUGCCGACCCUCAAAAAGCAGCAAAGUCAUUUGGAUAAUCGGCGACUUAGCCCUAAACUGGAGGCGCGGACCGACCCUCAGCAAAGCGACUUCAAACAAAGCUAAGCUUAAGCUACAUACAUAUGCAUACAUAAAUACUUGCAUAGUAUACAUAUGUACGUGUGUCUAUAUGUAAGCACAUUUGCUUAUCAUUUAUCGCAGCGCGGAUAUCCCGGCUUGAGCGUGCUGCGUUCACUUUUUUUAGUAUUCAUGACUUUCGCAUUUCGUCUACGCCUGCUGCGGACUCCCAACGCUAUCGUUCGAGUGCUCAAUUGAAGAACAAUUUUUGUGCAUAUGUAAAUAUAUUUACACAUAAAGUGCCUGCCACACAUCGAAAUACAUACAUACAAACAAUUUUUAAUUGAAACAAGUGGAGGAGCACUUUAAAAAACGCCACAAAAUCAGCAAAUUAGUAAAAGCGACGACGACAAUCGCACGAAACUAAACAAAAAAUUACAAAAAACGGACGAAAGGCGGAGGCGAACAAGUGGCGCACAAGAGCAGCAUAACGUUGAACUUCAAGUCGGAAUCUCAACUUAAACUGAUAAGACUGACGACUGCGCCGCUCACAUUUGACGAGUAGCUGUUUAACGACUGCCGCCGUCGCGUACACAUUGAGUGGCUAUACUUUGUUGUUGUUGCGCACUAUACUUGUUGUUGGUACUUUCGUGUGUAGCUGCCGCCGGCACCAACGCCGCCUGCGUUUUUGUUUUUUAGUACGCCAUUAGAAUUGGAGCGCAGCUCUUGUGUCUCCGAUAUUUGUGCGCGCAGUUAGUUAGGCUGGUAAUAGGGCCACUUCAACGCCACAUCGCCACUGCCACCACCUAUUGGGUAGCAAAAAAAAAUAACAAAAAAAAGUUGAGAAAAACAACAACAAAAGACCAGAACCCCCACUUAUCUAGUAAUUGAAAAGCAUAUAUAAAUCGCUUACGCCCAUCAACAGGAGUCAUCAUUAAUUGUUCACCGCUUACAAAGUGCAAGUGGACUGCGCACGAAGGCGGCGCAAAAGUCAGGAGUUGCGCGACAUAAUUAGAAACGAAAGUAAAAGUGUGAAACGCAGGCAGUGUAAAGCCCCUGCUAGUGUAUUUUUUGUGCUUCCGAUUCAAUAAAGGUUCGGCAUAAUGUUCUACAACAUCCUUUUGCUGUUGCUGGUGUCUUAUCAAGCCGCUGUGGCGUUGGAGAAUGGCUUGGCGAGGACACCGCCCAUGGGUUGGAUGCAUUGGGAGCGCUUCCGCUGCAUUACCGAUUGUCAAAAAUAUCCGAAUGAGUGCAUAAGUGAGAACCUUUUCAAACGCACCACCGAUUUAUUGGUGUCGGAAGGUUACGCCGCUGCUGGCUAUGAGUACGUCAUCAUUGACGAUUGCUGGUUGGAGAAGAAUCGCGAUAACGCCACAAAUAAGUUGGUAGAAGACAGAUAUCGUUUCCCCAGCGGACUCAAUCACUUGGCUGACUAUAUUCACGAGGCCGGCUUGAAAUUCGGUUUGUAUCAGGAUUAUGGCACACACACCUGCGCCGGCUAUCCAGGUGUGAUCAAUCACAUGGAGCUCGAUGCACAGACCUUCGCCGAAUGGGAUGUGGAUUAUGUGAAGUUGGAUGGUUGCUAUGCUGAUACGACCACAAUGGAUGCGGGUUACCCUGAAUUCGGACGUCUGCUCAACCAAACUGGACGCCCGAUGGUGUACUCGUGCAGUUGGCCAGUCUAUCAAGAAUAUGAAGGCAAAAUCCCCGACUAUGAGGCGCUCAAGCAGCAUUGCAAUUUGUGGCGUAAUUAUGACGACAUUGAUGACUCCUUUGAGUCGGUGGCCAAGAUUAUGGAUUACUUCUCGAAAAAUCAGGAUCGCAUACAGCCUCAUGGUGGACCCGGCCAUUGGAACGAUCCCGAUAUGUUAAUUCUCGGCAAUUUCGGCUUGAGCUACGAUCAGAGCAAAUUGCAAAUGGCUGUGUGGGCCAUUUUGGCUGCGCCAUUGAUCAUGUCAAACGAUUUAGCUACCGUACGUCCCGAAAUUAAAGCGAUCUUGCAAAAUCGUGAAAUCAUCGCUGUGAAUCAGGAUCCUUUGGGUAUUCAAGGUCGUCGUGUGCUCAUACAAAAGAAUGUCGAAGUCUGGACGCGUCCAAUUACACCAAGGAAUUCCGCUGGCGAAUAUUCUUAUGCUGUGGCUUUCGUGAACCGCCGCACCGAUGGCGCUCCUUAUCCGAUUAGCUUCAACUUAAAAGAGAUGGGCUUGGACAGCCUGCGCGGCUACGACGUAGUUAAUCUCUUUGAAAAAUCACAAAAAUUAGGCGUGAUCAAGCAAACGCAUAUAUUCAACACGCGUAUCAUUCCAAACGGCGUCAACUUUUUCAAAUUCACAGUAUUGAAUUAAGAAGCCUGCUCCACAAAUCUAUAUAUUUGUUAAUGCGUGUUCUUUUGACAGUAGAGUAUUUGUACUAUUUUAAAGACUAAACACUGUUGAAGACUAGACACAGUUACAAAUUGCUUUACUAAAUAUAUAAUAAAAAUAAAUAUGUAUACUUAAAUUAACAGUUUCUAA